GUCCCGCCCCCGGUGUCCCGAUGUCCCGGCGCUGCGGGACGGGCCCGGUGCGCAGGGGACAGCCCGGCGGGACGGGACGGGACGGGGCUGGCGGAGCGCGGCCCCCGUGCGUGGGGCUGUCACCGAGCCCGCUGCCGCCCGGCGCUUUCGCUUCCACCUCCUGAGCACUCGCGGCUUGUUUCCUGGCGCAGGGUUUGAAGCCCAGACCCAGAAAUGAGGAAGGUUCUGUGCGUGGAGCCCGUCAUUUUCUGCUACGUGUUUGCGUUUUCCCUGACGACCCCGCUGGUGCAGCAGUUCAUCUACCGGCGGCUGUGGGAGCAGGAGUACAACUCCACUUUUAUCAGCGACAGCAAUGCCAGUCACUGCGAGCAGAAUAAGAGCAGCCCGGCUUAUAUCAAACAGAAGGCAAUUCAAGAAAAAGCCUCUGUUUUUAUUAUGCAGUUGGACUUAACUAGAGCCAUUCCCAGCCUUAUAGUUGCCUUUGUCGUUGUAGCUAAUGGGGAUCGCCAGGGACACAAAAGGUCUUUAGUUUUACCAUCAAUGGGAGCUUUGAUUUCUAGUAUUAGCUUCACUGCAAUAUCAUAUUUUUCCUUGUCACUCUCUGUCCUAUUUGCAUUUGCAUUUAUUUCUGGACUGUUUGGGAGUAUAGCAACUUUCCUUGGAGGAGGCUUUGCUUACAUAGCAGAGGAGUGUCAUGAUGAGAAGCAGAAAACAACACGAAUAGCUGUAGUGGAUUUGAUUUUUGGAGUUGUAUCUGGAUUGGCAGGAUUGUCAUCUGGCUACUUUCUAAGAGGAAUAGGCUUUGCAUGGACAUUUGUGAUAGCAUCUCUGCUCCAUGUCAUUAAUAUAAUCUAUAUUGUAUUUUUUCUGGAAGAUACCGUAGGUGUAUCUCAAUUCCAGCAUGAAGCACCAGUAUCCUGGAAAGACCUUCUUAAGGAGACAUUUUCUGGAGUGUACAUGCUUUUUCAAACUGCCCCUCAUAAAAAGAGAAUUUUAAUAAUUGUUUUACUUUUUACAUUUAUGACUUAUUUGUUUACUGUGCUGGGUGGGACUUCACUUUUUACACUGUAUGAACUGGAUGAGCCACUCUGCUGGAAUGAAGUAUACAUUGGAUAUGGAGCAGCUGCAUCCACUUCUGUCUCACUGACCAGCUUUUUAGGAGUUUACUUAUUUUCCAAAUGUCUCAAAGACAUUUAUAUUGUCUUUAUUGGGAUGUGUUCUUACAUUGGAGGAAUGAUCAUGGCUGCCUUUGCCAAAACUACUCUGCUCAUGUUUUUAGUGAGAGUGCCAUCUUUGUUCUGCUUUAUGCCUAUUCCUGUUCUCCGAUCCAUGCUGUCAAAAGUGGUUCUCCCUGGUGAACAGGGUGCUGUGUUUGCUUGUAUUGCCUGUUUAGAAGUUGUGACCGGCACAAUGUCAAUUUCAGUUUUUAAUAUUCUCUAUGCAACUACUGUUGCAUGGUUUUCAGGCUUUAGCUUCCUCCUAUCAGCAGGCCUUUGUCUAAUUCCACUGUCUGUCCUGUGCUGGCUUCUGUGCACAAGCUGGAAUGGGGAGGACUUGGCUCUGCUGGUACCUGAAGAAGUAUCCAGCUUAGAGAGUGCUGAUAGUUGAACAAAGGAUCCACAUACCCAGGAUUUCUAAUCUGACCUGCAGUGGCAGAGAUAGUUAUGUCACACAGAAACCACAGAGAUAACACAAUCUCCAAGUGGCCCUACAGCAAUAAGCACUAAAUUGGUACCACUCAAUUCCCAAUCUCUUUUUAGCAUUUGACUAAAGCUAGCUAUUAACUAUGGAAAUAGGCUGACAAUUGAGAUUAAUGCUGCUUCAGCAUGAAGGAAAAAAUAAGGUAGGAUGGUACUUUUUCCACUUUUUCUCAAGUUUGAGAAUGUCAGCUGUGGAUUGUGAUACAUCUUGUAUCACUCUAAGUUGGGUGGCAAAGACAAGCUUAGCAACCCAGAGGAUGCUGGCACUUCUGCUGAAGCCAUUGCAGCUUGUGCCAGCAGAGGAUGUGGUCCACUGCAUACAUCUUGAAAGGCCUGUCUUAACACUGAAGCCCCAAACUGUCUAAAAUUACUAAACUAAAAAGUAGGGUUUUUUUCAGAAAGCAAACUGGAGGCAGUACUUACACCUGCCAUAAGCACACUUACUGUUCUGCAGCUAGCAGAGUGUUUGUGUAAGUUUACCAUAAUAUGUGUGGACCUUGCCUGUGACUUAGCUCUUGAAAUGGAUUUUCACACAGAACUGUCAGAAAAUUUCUUGCAGAGAAAUCUUGUGGAGUGUGAAGUUUAGCCUAAACCUACAUUUUUCAGAGGCCAUAUUGCAUAUUUAUCAGUUUCCAUAUAUUAAGGAAUGCAUACAGACAUCUCUGUUUUGUCCCAGGGAUACUUGUUUUCUAGUUAAGUUGGUACUUAGCUUAAAGGUUUCUUGUAGUGAAAAUCUGUGAUAGCAUUUCUUAUCUGUAGAUCUUUAUUUUUUUAACAACUCUGAAAUGAGGUGACAAAAUCAAAUCAAUAAUCUAUUCAUCUUGCAAGAAAUGCAGCAUAAUUUAUGAACAUUUGAACAGCACUUCUAAUCUUCAAAGCACUUUAAAAAUGCUAUUCAAAACAUCCUUCCAUAAUAGAUACUAUCCUCUCGGUUGGAUAGAGAGAAAUUAACAGAGAGGACAAGUGACAUGCCCAGUGCAAACUGGUGAGACUGCCAAACCUAGGAAUCAGUUUCAGCCCUGACUCCUCACCUUUUCCCUGAAAAUCUUUAAGUAGAAAUUAUCCUGAGUAUUAAAUUCUAGAAUGCACAGCACAGCAGAAAUGUGAGUAUAACAUCAUGUUAAGGACCACUCCCAUCUGUUGAUUUUGUUAAGAAUUUGACAGCCAAUACUGUUCUGAUCUCUCAAAGUUGUGUGUGACUCUUUUCCCCCAAGACAGAUUAGGUAGAAAAAGCAAAACAAUGUAAAGACGUUGCCUUUAGAGAAUGAAACCUGUAGGAAAGCAACUACAAUGACUUCACAUGCACACAGCUUAGGAUGAAAAUGCAGACAGACAUAGCAUGUAUAAACAAUGAGCUGCUUACAGCCACUGAUACCCAUCCUAUGAACAGAGACUCCUGCAGAACUUCCCAGUGGUACUCCACCAAAAAACAGUAAUGCCAAAUCAUGAUGAUACUUUUAUAGAUCCUUUAUAACUGAAUGAUUGCAUUCUUUCUAAGUUAUGUGUCAUGAUCACAGAGAAGCCUGGAAGAAGGUUCAAAUAAUUUAAAGGGAGAGCUUAUAUUCAGGAUACCACUAUCUGCCCAUCAAAGGUGAAAACAGGGCCAUUUAUCCAGGCCAGAGGGAAUGGGCUAACACCUCUAGUUAGCUCUUACACUUCUGUCCUGAACUCCCAAGACUGAUGUUGGCAAUUAAAGAUCAUUAGCUUUCUCUCAGUAGCUUAGACGAGGGCCAGAAAAUAAAACUGCUUAAUGCCUUUGAGGCGCCCAAGCUACUGCCAACUUAUUGGAAACAUGAGCUGAGUGCUACAAUAACCAGUGGGUCCAAAACAUAAUGAGUACUUGUAGAGAGAUUAAGAAAACACUGAUGUAAAGGAUUUUAGCACAAACGUUACAUUGUCUUCCUUGCCUCUUCAUUAUGCAGUUAUGUAAGGCUUUAUGAAAUUAACUAUUUCACACAAAACUGCCUGGAAAUAAAAAAGCAGAUGCAGAAGGGACGUGUACCUUCAGUUGCUCUUCUUCAGUGCACACCUCUCCUGGUACUUGGGAGCUCACAACAAAGCGAGCCACUUGCACAGUGGUACACCUCAGGAAUGGCUUUGUUAUGAUUUAACUGCACAAAGUACGUGCUGUUUGCAGAGGUUUCUGGUAGAUGGAGCAUUUAGAACUGGCUAUAAAUUUAGGCCAAAACACAUGGAGGAUAUGGAUUGUGUUUCUAAAAAGCCUUGCACAAGUGGAAGCUGAGGAGCCAAGUACUAAUAUGCAUCAGAUUAUUAAAGCAAAAUCUAUUAAGUUUAUAAUAAUUUCUUUAUUUGUGUAUAAAUACAAAUUAUUUUGACAUAAUAACAAUAAAGUUUGGGUUUUUUAAACUCUGUUGCAUUUGGAGUUGUUCUGCUUCUAAAUUUUGUUUUUUGACAAAUGGCCAAUGGCAUGACUGAUAGAGGAUUGUUGGUGUAAACAGGAGCAGCACCACGGUACCAUCUCUUUUUUUUUGGUCAUAACACAAACAGCAGAGCAGAUGUGCUUUUGCUUCCCUCCUGCACCUGAGGAGAGGAAAAGAUGCUGCCCAGAACACUGGCACCAAGAGGAGGUGUGGGGAGUUACAGAGUAGGGACAGCACUGCUACCUGCAAGAAGUCAUGGUGGGGGCUUGUGUUGUACCUGCCAGAGCAGCAGAGCUGGAAGUGCCUUCCUCCCCUUACCCAGGCCAGACCUGUCCCAGCUCCAGGGCCCAGCACACCCCACUCAGCUGCCUCCAUGGGUUGCUCUGUGUAGCACCUGCUUUACAGAAUGAGGCUUGUACAAAAUGGGAAGAAUGGGCUGGGGCAGGAAGCCCAGUCCACAGCCCAACCCUUGUAGCACUGAGAAAAUGUAAUCCUUCCUUUUUACCUCAAAAGCUUUUUGCCUCAGUCCUGCUUGACUCCCAUUUCUCUACUAACAGCAUAAAUUCUCAGACAGGCCUCUUACACAUACUAUUUGCUUUCCAGCCUGGCUAACCCCUAGGAUUAGCUUCCUUACAGACAUAAUGAACAAUGCAACUUCCUGGCUCUGAAUAUGGCUUGAUCUCACCCAAGAUUAUUACAAAGUAUACUAAUCAUUGAACAAAACCACCUAGAAAUUGCAUGCAGCCUCCUAAUCUGCUUCUGCUUUUACACUGCACUAAUAAGAAACUCUAGUAAAUUACCUGUUUUAAUGUAGUUUUGCUUAAAUGCAACAGCAUCCAUCUUUCAGCCAACACUAGGAAAGGCCAACCAGCUCAAUACACUGAAGUGGGGAGUUGUAAGGUACCAGUGUCUGAUUGUUGGAUGGCUCCCUGUUUUCUUGAAAAGUGCAGGUAAGAUGGCAGAUCUCCUAAAAAUCCAUGCCAGCAUCUUUAACUUGUCCCUGACCUGGCAAUAUAAUCCCUCAGCUUUUCUGGUCUGAGUCUUGAGCAGUACAAAGCCUACUGAAUCCCAAGCUUGCUUCAUAACAGUUUGGUUUUGCUUUAAUAUAAACCAGCAGCCAACUCUGAUAUUUAUUAAAGAUUAUCAACUCACAGAUGAGGACAGCUGCAGAAAACAAAAAUGUGAGUAGGUUUGCACUUGCAUGUUCAAUUUAUUGGUCCCCUCUUUAACUUCCCUAAGGAAAAAACGCAACAAAUUAAACAGCUUGUACUGCAUACACAAGCCUCUAAUCUCUACAAGUCUUAAGUGACAGAAAAUUUUAGAAGCUUCAAUUCUUAAAUGAAACAAAUUUAAAUAUAAAACCAAAUAAGACCACCACUAAGACCACCACUGAGUGGUACUAUUAUCUUAAUGUUUCCAAAAUGCUGCAAUGUUUUGCAUAUAAAAGCACUAUAAAAUUUACAGGACAGAAGCUAGAGGCUUUGGCCCAAACUGAUAGGGAAUUUGUAGUAGCUGUAAGCCCACUGUAAAGCACAAGGGAGGUUUGCAGUUGUGGAAAAAGGUUUAUAGCAACAUUCCUGCUAAAAUUAUCUACAACAGAACACUAAUUACAUUUAACCAAGUCAUUAAAACUUGCUGAAUAAAGACAGUUCCUGUUUUAGAAAUACUCUUUCAAGUUCUUGAUAUCUAACAAUAGAUAAGGUUUUUUGAACCACAGGCUUUUUUCCUGAUAUGCCACACUGUAUUACCUGCCUUGCAGGAUUGAUAUAAUGUAUACACAUGUAUGACACCAGGAAUAAUUGUUACAACCCUGCAUUUAAUAAAUAAAACCACUUAGGCACACAAAAGCAGCAGUGGUCUGCUCCUUUAAAAGAUGUAUUUAAGUAUAAAUCUCUCACUCUUCCUUAAUUAAGAUCUGAUUUUAGUAAACCCACAAAUAACUUUUUCUGCAUUUGUACCACCAUAUCUUCAUGUCCUUACUGCAGCAGCUUAUUAGACACUUAAAUAAUUCUGCAUUCUUUCUUAAUACUAAAAUACCUAGACCUGGGAGCGCUCUUUUGGAUUAUGUUCAAACAGAUUUUAAAAUCUCUUUAAACCCCAAGUGGAACUUGCUUCUACUUCCAGAAACCAAAAUACCCUCUCAGGGACACAUGAAAAAAACCUAGACCUUUAAUUCCACUCUUACAGCAAUACUUUCAAUUCUACAUAAAAGCUUAAUAGCUCACUCAAACAGCUGUCAAGAGAGGGCUACAAUGUAUGUAACUGGCAAUGCCAAAAUUAAAAACCUUUAAAGAUAUUACAACAAAAGGGACAACACUGGGUCAUGGAUAAGAGAUUCUUGAUUUAGGAUUAAAUACAUUUUGAAACGCAACAGCAUUUAUAGCAAACUUUUAUUUAAUAGUUUAAAAAGUGUAUGGAAAUUUUCAUGAACAAAGAGUUAUGCAACGGAAAAUACCUUCCUCUUCCCCUAUUAAAUGCAUUUACCACAGUAGUAAGUUUUAAAAUGCCUGGGUAUUUUUGAAUUUCUUUUAUACAUAUACAGCAUUUCCAUAUUUGAGAAGCUAUUGUCCUGAGCAGUUUAUGAAAAGGCAUUAUUUAAACUACCUAGUUACAGGACAUAUGUAUGAUUGGAAACAAGCACAGAACAAUUUAGAGACAUGAAACAUUUAAUGUGCCUUUUCAUUAAGGA